UACCCUGGUAAAUGUGCUGCUAAACCGAAAGGCUGACAACACAAAUGUCCAGCUGCUUCCACCCAUUUAACCGAUGUGAAGGAUGCAAAUUACCCCAGGAUGAUUUAAAUAUAUAGGCAGGCCAGGUUUGGCUGCCCGCGCCCUUUGAGGAAUGUGCCUGGGUGUGUGGACGUGGACGUCGUGGCGUGGCAGGAAAAUCCCAGGACGGAGGCGCACAAAGACAGACGGCGCUCCUCCACGUGGAGCCUGACGUUGAGCCAAACACGCAGCGGUCUCCUCCGCGGCAGCAGGCGCGACAAGAGCGGGGGAGGGCGCAGUGCUGCAGAGCCUCCAGGGCGGUGCGGGACGGAAGAGCGGCGUCCUUCAGACAUGAACCUUUAACCUGCGGAAAUCGGCCGUCUACAGUCCCAACUAUGCAGUCAGGUCUGCUCAUGGGGUAUCAGCUGGACUGGCUGGUCCCACGCUUUCUGUCUCUGUACUUCCUCAUAAACCUGUGCCUGGCAGCACCUGGGCUACCUGGGACACAAAGGGAAGAGUCAGCAGGUGCCCAUUCCCCAUCAGCAGGACUGAUUAAUCCCUUUGGCUCUGGAGAAGAGGAACGCAGGUUGUUGCAGAGCUAUAUUCAGCACAGUCUACAGAGCAGCCAAGGAGGACCUGAGAUCACUUCCUGGGAGCAAGGGGUGUUCUUCCUGUUUCGUCUCUUUGAUUAUGAUCGCAGUGGCUUCUUGGAUGGCUUGGAGAUGAUGAAACUGCUCUCUGACUACAACUCCAAUCAUGCACUUGGACCGGAGACCAGUGAGCAAGUGGAGUUGAUGGUCGACUUCUUACUACAAACUCAGGAUCUAAACCAAGAUGGUCUGUUGGACCCUUCUGAGCUGCUCUCUCCUCCCUUCAUCAACACACAGGGCUCAAGCGGCAACAAAACACCUCAUCAAGAGCAAGAGUUGGCAGAAGAGAACAUGCUGUCAAACACCAUGACUGUGGAGGAACAUGCAGCAGUGCCGCACAGGGAGGAGCAGCAACACGACACAAUGACGCUAAAGGAGGAACCAGUAAAGCAAACAGAAGAACAUCAAGAUCAAGAACUUUUUAAUGCCUUGGCAGAAGAACAGGAGCAGGCCCACCAUGUCCCUGUGCAUCAAGGGCAACCAGAAAUAUAAAUACUGUAAGCCCAAAAACCACUUUAUUAUUUGGCCUUCUAUAUAAAACUGCGUGUUGAAUUAAAGUAGAUGAAUUACAAUUUUUUACUACUGUAAAUGGUGUUUCUCUUUAUGAGUUCCAAGUGUAUGGUACUAUCAAUACUGGACCAUAACACAGACAGCUGCUCGUUAAAAUGCUGACUCUCCAAAGAGUUUCUGUCACUGUAAUCUCACAUUCUUUCUAUGAAUAAAGUGAUUCCUACCGUUA